UCAGGCACAGUCACAUGUUCGUAGCUGUAGGGGGUCGUAUUACAAGUUGGAGUGGUUAUAUGAUUUAUUCGUACAUCAUAGAGCUGCUUCCAGCUGGGCAUAUGCGACUAGAGCAUAUCUAUUGAUGUUGGUGGGUUCCACCAUAUUUGCUGAUAAGACCUUUACACUUGUAGAGACACGAUACCUCCUCCUGUUUAGGGACUUGGAUGGAUGUUCAGGAUAUAGUUGGGGAGCAGCUGCACUAGUUACCCUUUACCGAUAUCUUGGAGAUGCGUCCAUGUACAGUUGCAAACAGCUCGGUGGAUAUCCUACUCUCCUACAGUGUUGGAUUCACGAGUACUUUCCAACUGUUGGAAAAAGAGGGGAGAAUUGGAAACCUACUGAUAACUGUGGUCUUCCCCGAGCGAUGAGAUGGUCGUAUAGGGGCUGUUUGAAGUGGGGUGAAACAGUUGUCCCAUACUUCCCUGAUAGAUGUUUACGUCAGUUCGGUUACCAUCAGAGUGUUAUCGCUGUGAUCGGUUCAUCUACCGUGGCCACCACUCCAUCUGAUGCAGUAGACGGCAUAUAA